CAGUGCUUGAAAUCGUUGAAAGACACCUGAGGAAGUACCAGAUCCAAGUGGCGCACCAGCCAACGAUCACGCUUCGAAAUCAGCUUGCUCACCCUAAGGAUAAGGCGAGGAGGCAUGCAAAGCCGAAGGAGAAUUUUGCAGUGAAACGGUUUUCCAUAGAUGUUGCGGCCAGCUUAUCUGCGAUUUGGACUGGUUUGGCAGUGGAAAAUGCGUUGAAUGCCUCGCUGAAGGAAACUUUUGCUUUAAGGACAGCGAGUGCUGGGGCAAAAGCUGUUCGUGGUUUGUUUGCAAAUAGGACCACUGCAAUGUCUCACAAACAUCAUUAUAUAUGA